AUGUCCGGCAAUCCAGGAAAUGCUUUAAGAGCACUAUCACCCACCCCGCCUGAGCGGGGCUCGUUCCCACUAGACCACGAUGGCGAAUGCACUAGACAAAUGCAAGAGUACAUCAAUUGUAUCAAGCUGGUGAAGGGAGAAAACGCGCCAAAUUGCAGGCUGUUAGCCAAGGAGUAUCUGAAAUGCAGAAUGGACAACCAGUUGAUGGAUAAGGACAGUUGGAAGAAUCUCGGCUUACCGGAGGAUGCCGGGAAAUAA